AUGUUCGCCCAACCAUUCGAUCAUUCCUGCAAUGAUUUAUUCAACCAAUACGUCAAUAUGGAUCCCUCCGGUCCCGAUAGCAACAAAGACCUAUCGUUGUCCAGCGAUCUUGACCAGCUCUUUCCCCUAGACUCAUUCUCGGACUGUGGCGAUCACUCCCCCACCGACUCCACUUCUAAACGCCAUCGUCAAUCACCGCAACCUUGGACUCAGGAUUGGUCCCUGCAAGACGACGGAGUUUCUCUUGACCAAUUUGCUUUUCAAGACACUGUUCACCCUUCUGCUAUCUCCGAAUUUACCUUGAACAAUUUCGAGGUUUCCUCCCGCCGCCCAACAGGACCUACCGGAAUUUCAUCUAACUCGCCAUCCACCCCGCCAGCUACUCCUCGGCGUAAGACGAACAAGAGCGCUCUCAUUACUCCCAAGUCUAUUCGCCAUCGUGACCCAAAUGAGCGCCGGUCACUCCUGCGAAAGCAAUCCUUCUCUCCUAGCAUGAUGCGCUCUUCGGUUCAAAAAGGAAGAAUCGCUUACCCCGACGCCUGGGCUCAAAAGAUUCAGAACUUCGAUUUCACUGGCGCAGACGAGCGUCUUCCAUUGUCUCCUCCGCCCUCGGACGUCAUCGUCAAGCACGAAAAUAUGACCGCCGAAACCAUGCACCAGGGCUUGCCAGAAAUGCCCGGCCAAUAUGACUCCCGCCUCUUCCACCCUUCUCCUGCUGUAUCAAUGCCCUCUCCCUCUGUCACUGCAUUUGCACGACACCAGCAACAAUACAUGAACCACCCCGGUUCCUCGGCCUUGACAAAUUCCAGUCCUCCCUCCGCAGAUGAUAUCUUCUCUUCAUCGCAUUCAUCCGAUCCUCAAUCCAUUUCCUCGUGGCAGUCGGAUGCCCUUGGAACUUCUUCUCUCUCUUUCACACCUGAUCUACAAGCCCAGGAUGCCUCUUGGUGGUCUCCUAUGCCCUCCAGAGUCGCUCAGCAGCAGCAGACUCCUUACCAGUCUAUGGUCGCAUCCCCUGCACCUCAGCGCUCCAUGCAAAGCGUCGGCAGUCAAAAUGACAUGAUGCAGGGUGGUUUGAUGAUCCAGCUCGAUCCGUCAUUUGACAUCUCCGGCGAUUCUUCCUUCUCCUCCAAUGUGGCCUCAAAUUCUCAGAAAUUCGUUACUCCCUUCGCCCCUCAACAAGUCCACACCUCCCGUUCCCCGUCUCUCUCCCCGCGGGCCGAUACAUCACCAAAGAACAAGGGACACCGUCGCACACACAGUCGGAAGCUUUCAGGCCAGAGCAUGAAUGGCCCUAAGACGGCAAAGUCCUCCACCAGCCCCCGUGGGGCAAACAAAUCUGUGAACGUCUCAUUCGUGAACUUCACAGCUAAUGAUAGCCACCGAAUCCUCGGUGGCGUCGCACCUUCUGGCAGCUCUAAGACAAAAGCUCGCCGGGAGCAAGAAGCCAAGGACCGACGACGCAAACUGAGUGAGGCGGCUCUUCGCGCCGUGCGCAAUGCCGGCGGCGAUGUUGAUGCUUUGGAAGCUGUAUUAUGCUGA